UUCUGUGUCCGCAGAAAGAAUGAACCUGUCCAUUCUUUCUAAGCAGAAAAUACAGAGCAAAAUCAAGGUUAGAAAGUACGUGGUCCACAACUACUUGCUCUAUUACCUCUUCAGAUUUGCUGCUGCACUGGGCCAGGAAGUAUUUUAUAUUACAUUUCUUCCUUUUACAUUAUGGAAUAUAGAUUCUUAUAUUGCAAGACGACUGAUCAUUGUCUGGUGUAUUGUCAUGUACGUAGGUCAAGCUUCUAAAGAUCUUUUAAAGUGGCCUCGUCCGUCCUCUCCUCCAGUGGUGAAGCUUGAGACUAGAGUAGAAGCUGAGUACGGCAUGCCAUCCACACACGCCAUUGCCGCCACUGCAAUCUCCUUCACUUUCCUGUUGGCUGCCAUGGAACGAUACCAGUUUCCCUUUGUGCUUGGAUUUGUGGCUGCUCUUUGCCUCUCUACCCUAGUGUCCCUCAGCCGGCUGUAUACAGGGAUGCACACAGUGCUGGAUGUGAUCUGUGGCGCUCUGAUCGCCCUGCUGUUUAUAGCAUUGACUUUUCCACUGUGGGAUGCAGUUGAUCAUCUGAUUCUGACCAACCCAAUAUUUCCUGUACUUGUUGUUGUUGCUGGUUUCCUUCUGAGCUACAACUACCCAAAGUUGGAUCACUACAGCACUACGCGAGCAGAUACCACUGUUAUACUGGGUGUGGGUGCAGGGACCUGUGUAGGUGUUUGGAUCAUCAAUUUGAUAGGACUGACUUAUAUGCCUUCUGGCGUGCUCCCGCUCCCCUUACCUCCGCUUUCCUAUCCUUUGCUGUUUAAGCAGCUGCUGAGGUUUAUUCUUGGUGUUACACUCUUGGUACUAACUCGAUACAUUGCUAAGACACUGUCUCUCAAAGCUCUAGGUUCAUGGUACAAAGUCUCAACGCAGGAUGUACUGGUUAGGCAAAGGCUGGAGAUUGAGGUUCCCUAUAAAUUUGUGACUUAUACAUCCAUUGGUUUGGUUGCCACAUCAGUUGUUCCUUGGAUCUAUUAUCUGGUAAAAUUAUAAGUUUCCUCAGAAGAAGGAAGCAAAUAUAAAAGAUGUAUCGAUCCAAAGAGUCUGGUUCCUAAAUUUGGUUGUAUUCUAAAAAACAAAAAUUUGGAGAUCUAUACAAAACACGGAUAAUGGACAGUAUUAUGACUCCAUGAUGAUUUUCUACUCAUCGGUUGAGAUCUUAAGCAAGAGGCUCUUCUAUGAUUUGUCUUAAUGGACACUUCCAAACUCCAUUAGUUCUCUUCCUCAUGGACGAUGAGACUGGACUCCAAUAUGUUCCCCAAGAAACGACUGGUCAAAAAAAUUUUUAAGACACCUUAAAAGGGUAAUCCAGAACUAAAAAAACAGAUGUUUUUUUGGGGAAAAAAACAGCACCACAUGCGUCCUUAGGUUGUGUGUGGUAUUGCAGCUCCAUUCCAAUCAAUUGAAUGGAACCAAGUUGUAAUAACACACAACCUGAAGACAAGUGUGGUGCUGUCUUUGGAAGAACUUAGCUCUGCUUUUCAAUUUCUGAAUAACCCCUUUUCAUAUCAAAUAUUUAUUCCUUUUUGGAUAUUGCUACAGAAACCUGGAAAAUGUAUUCUGUAGAAACUGCAGUAUUCAGAGGGGGGGAGGGGGGGGGGGAGCGAAACACAAAAGUGUGUAAGCAGACAGAAUGGAUAUUUUGUAUGCACAAAGUGAAGGUUUACAAUAUUUAUACUGCACUGAUUGUCUGACUUAUCAUUUACACAGGAUGAAGUAAUGAGUGCCUUAUGAAGCAGCAGUCUAUUGUUUGUCUGUCUAUUGUGGCUUCAGGUUUGAUUUUGUAUAUACCCAAAGCAGCGUAUAAACCUAGCGAUUGAUAGUAAUCAUACUAUGGGGGUGACUGUACACAUGACCCAGAUGGUGAGUUGUAUGUCUACACCAUACCUGCUCUAAUAAAGUUUUUCUAAAUUUCUAAAAGAUAUUGUACAUUAAUAAUAAAUUAGGGAAAAACUACU